AACCGUCGCCUUCUAGUCUCGGUUUUCCGAAAGAAAUGCAGACUGUAGCAUGGAAUGGCGCGGGAAGCAUUGGCGCCAAGUAGUUUCCCGCGCUUUUCUAGCUUAAACCAAACCCCCUCUCAUCAGCCCUCCAUCUCCGUUCCCCACCUCCCUCAGAACUCUUCCAACUCGCCGCUCCCGGAUCAGCAUGGCGGCCAACGGCGCAGCGGAGAGCGGCAGCCCCGGCGUCCAAGAGCCCUCUCUCAAAGCCCCCAGGAUCUCGGAGAACGGUUCUGCCGUCGGCCGCCACCACCUCCCUCUCCUUAAGAUCAAGAAGCUAUCCCAAAAUGCUGUCUUGCCUUCGAGAGCUUCCCCUCUCUCUGCCGGUUACGACCUCUCCAGCGCCGCUGAAGCGAAAGUCCCUGCUCGAGGGAAAGCUCUUAUUCCCACCGAUCUCAGCAUUGCCAUUCCUGAAGGGACCUACGCCCGCAUUGCGCCUCGGUCGGGGCUGGCAUGGAAGCAUUCCAUCGAUGUGGGAGCGGGUGUGAUCGAUGCGGAUUACCGUGGACCAGUCGGCGUCAUUCUGUUCAACCACUCGGAUGUGGAUUUUGAGGUGAAGCUGGGUGAUCGGAUUGCUCAGAUGAUCAUUGAGAGGAUUAUGACUCCAGAUGUGGUCGAGGUUGUUGAUUUGGAUUCCACUGUUAGGGGAGCUGCAGGGUUUGGAUCCACAGGGGUUUGAAAAUGGGAUAAUUAUAGAUGCUCUUGAUGUUUUAGAAUUUUGGGGAUGGCAUGUGGCUUCUUGGGAAGGGAGUUCUCCUGGUAAAGUAUGAUCAGUGAAUCAUGUUUUGUUGCUGUGAACUGAGCAUCCCCAUCCAUCUGAAUAGUGUAAUGUUUGGUUCGUGCUCCUUUAGUAUUCAUCUUUUCAGAAUGGUCUUUGUCUCAUUGUCAGUAAUUAAUGGACCAUCCAAGAGACCCUUUUGAACCAA